AGGAUAAGGAUCCACCUUUUGGAGCCAAACCAGAGGAUCUGGUGAAGGCAGUUGGGAAAAACUCCCAUGGUGUGAAACAACUGAGAAACCGUGCUGAUGAAGAUGCUCGCAUGAUCCACAUGAGUAUUCAGAUGGGUAAUGAUCCACCUAUUUCCCUUCGGAGAGACCUGGAGCAUUUAAUGCUUUUAAUUGCUGAAUUGUAUAGGAAAGACCCCUUUAAUCUGGAACUUGCCCUUGAAUACUGGUGUCCAUCAGAGCCUUUGCAGACAUCAACCAUCAUGGGGUCCUACCUUGGAGUGGCUCAUCAGCGACCCCCUCAGCGCCAGGUUGUCUUGUCAAAGUUUGUUAGGCAAAUGGGAGAUCUACUUCCUUCCACAAUUUACAUCCCAUACUUGAAAAUGCUGCGGGGACUGGCUAGUGGGCCUCAGUGUGCUCAUUACUGCUUUAGUUUGCUAAAAGUCAAUGGCAGUAGUCAUGCGGAAAACAUCCAAGGAGCAGGUGGCAGCCCUGUCUCCUGGGAGCAUUUCUUCCACUCUUUGAUGCUUUAUCAUGAGCACUUGAGGAAAGACUUGCCAAGUGCAGACAGUGUCCAGUAUCGUCACCUGCCUCUCCGAGGUAUCACACAGAAAGAACAGGAUGGAUUAAUUGCCUUUUUGCAGCUGACCACUGUUAUAGUAAAUUGGAGUGAGAAUGCUCGCCUGGCUCUUUGUGAGCACCCUCAGUGGACACCAGUAGUGGUCAUUCUGGGACUUCUGCAGUGCAGCAUUCCUCCUAUUUUGAAAGCAGAGCUAUUAGAAACCCUUACUGCUUUUGGAAGGUCUCCUGAAAUAGCUGCUUCACUCUGGCAAUCCCUGGAAUAUACACAG